GAGGGGAGAUUGAGGAUGAGGAGGCGCAGCAUGGGAAGUAUAUAAAUGGCACAGCAAAAUACACAGUGACGCAUGUGUACCAAAAGGGACACUCACAAGAGCUGCAGUUUAGGUUUAGGCAUAGGUUUUCUUUUGUGAUAGCCUUCGGGAACUACAAAGAGUUCACCGUCAGGAACCUUGAGGGAUCCAGGCUGACAAAAAAGCGGGCUGCAAGUGGAGUCCUGAACGAAGGGUCGGCCGAUCGCCACCAUCCAACAGAGGCUGAGCUCCAGGCAAAUCGGAACCUCAACGAUGCCGGGGCUUGGGCAGGUGGAUGGGGCCUUUGCCUGCGCACCCAGCCCGGGUGAGAAAGAUACACGCAUAUAGGUUCUGUUGUUGCGCAUUUUUUACUUCUCGCAUCGUUGCACUCUUGUGGGACACUCUUGUGGGAAACCGCCAGUUAUCCCGCUCACCAGCAACACGCCUCGUUUACGUACGCAUGCUCUUCAUUUCCACGAGCUGCUGCCGCGGUCUGUGGCCCCCCUCCAGACUCAGCUUUCGCCACUUCGACUACAUUCAAUGCCGGCCUCUUGCACCGUCAGCAGUGGAGCUUGGUUUUCCGGUGCCUCGCCCACCCUUUGGUAUGAGGCAUAGCAGAAAGCAGUGCAGAAGGAGGAGACACCAACCUCAACCCCGGCGACACCCAGCAGAGCAAAACCUCUGCAGAAUGGAGUGGCUGGAGAUCCCAGCAGCAGCAGACCUCAUAAAACACAGAAUAGCAGAGAACGCGAGUUGUCUUCGUGCAAGUUGAGUAGGUGUGAGUUGAAUUGGCGGGAGUUGAGGGGUGCGUUUUUAAGUUGGUGAGAGAGCCGCGGGAGGGGCCGAAACACGGUGGUAGCAGGGUAAAAUUUAUGGAGGCUAGCAAAAUCAACAAAGGGAACAGACCAUUUGCUGCGCCGUGUAGGUGAAGGCCAUGGAGCAGCAGGAAUUUCCGCAGUACUAUCCUCAAGCUGGGUGGACGGAACAUGAUCCGAACGAGAUUUUGCAAAGUGCCUUAAAUUGCUCUGAACUGGCGAUGAAAAAAGCGGGUGCCAAGAAGGAUGACAUUGCUGGAAUUGGCAUCACCAAUCAACGCGAAACCACUGUGGCUUGGGACAAGGUGAGUGGCGAGCCACUAUGCCGUGCGAUUGUUUGGCUAGACCUGCGAACUGCCGAGACGGCUGCCAAGCUGUCUUCUUCCGGUGGAAAAGACCGUUUUAGACCGAAGACAGGCCUUCCGAUUUCGACCUACUUCUCUGCAGUGAAGAUGAGAUGGAUGCUGGACCAUGUUGCCGAGGUGAAGAAAGCUGCUGACGAAGAGCGAUGUUGCUUUGGAACAAUAGAGAGCUGGCUCAUCUACAAGCUGAGUGGGGGCACUGCUGGCGGGGUCCAUGUCACGGAUGUUUCCAAUGCCUCGAGGUACAUGCUCAUGAACAUCAGCACCUGCAAGUGGGAUGAAACAGUGUGUCGACAAAUUGGCAUUUCCACCAGUUGCCUGCCCAGCAUCAAGUCUAACUCAGAGAUCUAUGCCCACGUAAAAAAUGUGAGUUACCUUGAGGGUCUGCCCAUUAGCGGGGCUCUGGGUGAUCAGCAUGCAGCCCUGCUUGGCCAUGCGUGUUUGGAUGUGGGCACGUCCAAAAACACCUACGGCACGGGAUGCUUCAUGCUUCUGAACACGGGUUUUGAUCCUGUGCCCUCCAAGCAGGGUCUGCUUACAACUGUGGGCUACAAGCUGAGCCCUGAGGACAAAACUACGUAUGCACUCGAAGGCAGCGUGGCGUGUGCUGGGCGAGUGGUACAAUGGCUCCGGGACAAUUUGGGCAUCAUUGCUUCCUCCAAGGAAGUGGAAAUCCUCGCCAACAAGGUGGAGGACACUGGAGGUUUGACCUUGAUUCCUGCCUUCAGCGGCCUUUUUGCACCGCACUGGCGAGACGAUGCAAGGGCAGUGGCUGUAGGAAUGACCCUCUACACGAGCAAGGAGCACAUGUGCCGUGCGGCCUUGGAGUCCACAGCUUUUCAAGCUGUGGAUAUCAUGGAGGCUAUGAAGCAAGACACCGGCCUUCGGCUAGUUGACAUGCGUGUGGAUGGUGGAAUGACGGUAAACAACCUCCUUAUGCAGAUGCAAGCGGAUGCACUUGGCAUGCCAGUGCUACGCUCCAAAAUGGCAGAAGCAACAGCUUUAGGAGCCGCGUUGGCAGCUGGCCUUAGCGUUGGCUUUUAUCAUAACAAGGAGUCUGUGCGGGCGAUGAUUGAGAAGGCAGGUGGCUACGAGGUCUUCAACUCCACGACCUCCACAGCUGCACGGCAGAAGAUGCAAAGCAGAUGGAAGGAUGCCUUGAAGCGAUCCUUUGAGCUCGCCAAAUAUGAUCCCAACUACAAAGACGAGGAAAAGCCGAAAGCCCUGAAGAAGCCACGCUUCGUCAAGGUGUCCACGAUCAAGCCUGAGCAGAACGGCUUAAACCUGCAAGUCAAAGUGAUCAAGCCUCUCGGACCAAUAAAAAUAGAGUCCGGCAGGCUGUGGAAGUGCACUUUUUCACCUAUUUUUGAGCUCUACUAA